AUCUGUCUGAAUCUACACCACUCUUCACCGCUUGCUCCAAUCUAUGUAGAUUGAGCAGCCGUAGGCAUUGUUUAAGCAGUAUUAGAGGCAUGUGCCAGUCCUCUUCUAAACGAUCGACUCUGCCAUUUGCCGGCUGCCUGCUCUGGCCCUGUCUACCGAAUAACAUUAACGUUUUUAUUUAUGCUUAUUGCAGAGCGCAAGGGGGUUUACAGGUAUAUACGGCUUCAGUUGCCGAUGCUUUAGUCUCUUUGUACCUUCGAUCAUUUCGCAUAAUGCGUUUCCUGUCGGGCUUUUCAGUUGCAUUCCUCAAGCGUUCCAUCCUUAUCAUGCUGUCAUUUCCUUUCACUUGAUUGUACAUUCAUUAUUGCAUCUGAGUUCUAGCUACUAAGUCGAAAUGAUUGCGCCCUCAAUCAUUGCACUGGUUGCCAUCCAGCUGUUAUCACAUGGCGUCAAAGCAGCGGACUUACCACCCGGCGCCGUGAGCCGCAUGACGCUCAAGUCUCCGCUAUCCGAUCCUGCGGCCAAAAUUGUGAAGAUCAAGCAUGGUCCUUAUACAGUACCCGCAAAUGGGAUGGUAAACAAUGCCAUGACACCUAAGGUAGCAUUGCCCUGCACCGACUGCUAUAUCACGGCGAUGCAGGCAGGCUUAGAGUAUGCCGAUGGAACGGAAGCGAACAUUGACACUGGCGCGUGGUUACAUCACAUGGUGCUUUACAAUACCGGUCAGAAAGACGCCAUAUGUGCCAGAAAGUCCGCGCUCAAGCUGUGGCCACAGAGGAUCUUCUCAAGUGGGAAUGAGCGUACUUUGGCCCGACUGAAUGCAAAUGGCAACUGGGGUCUUCCCGUACUUGGGACAGACACCUUCGGUCUCCUGACCGAGCUCAUGAAUGAAGCCGCCGAGCCAAAAUCACUGUACUUGACCAUGCUUUAUGAGUACGUACCCGCCUCGACAGCAGGGUACAAGGCAGCGACCAUCAUCGAAAUGGAUGCGACAGAGUGCGGCGAUUCUGAACUCCCUGCCAAAGAGGGGGUGUAUGAGUACCAUUCCGCAGAAUGGGUCUCUCCCUACAGCGGUGAGAUUCUUUGGGUUAUUGGCCAUGGUCACGACGGUGCCACCGAUGUCAACAUGCUCAAAAACGGCAAAGUGGCUUGCAAUUCCGUUCAGUAUUAUGGCCUUGAACCAGCUUUUGUCGCCCCAGGGGCGGGUGAGAUGCCAAGCGUCGACAAUGUGCAUCAAUUGAAUGAUUCUGGUCAUGCUCAUGGUGGCGCGAGCACGAGCAUGAAGCAUAUUUCGAACACUGCUGUUUGCACUAAUAUCGGACGACUUGAGAAGGGCGACAAGCUUGUCGUGGAGGGACUUUAUAAUUCUACGAAAUAUGCGCAGAUGGCCGGUCAUGGAGAGCAUGCGCUCGAGCCGCAAAUGGCCAUCUCUUUCUUAUAUCUCGGGCUUGACCAAGGACUGAGCAUUACACCUGACACUACAACUCCGGUACGGAUGCCGGUGGAGAUACAAGGCAACAUCCCUACUGGGUUUGGAUGCCCUGGCCUCCCGGUAUAUCUCAUUCCUAAUCAACUGUCCGCCAUGAUGGCCUUCCUCGGCCUUGGCACAGGAAGCGCCUGUAUGCAAGGAGGAGUCAAUAUGCCAAAUUUGGGUUCCCAGAUCGUGUCACAGACGUAGCGAUAGAAGGUAGAGCAAUCAUUAAAGCACAAACUAUUCAUCUCAUAGAUCGCGUUGAGGCGUAGCCCUGGAG